CGAUGAGGUAGAGACCCAGGGGCAGGAGGAGGAGAAAGGGGGCCCUGUAAGAAUGAAGGACCAGCAUCUAGCUCGAGGCCCCUGGAGACUCAGGGAAACCUCGCUUCCCUCGACUGCAGUCCCAGGGCCUUAAAGGGAAGUGUCCAAUCCAAGGCCCAUGGAGUGCCCAGAGCACACAGCCCUGCAGGAGGUGUCCUUCCCUUUGGGAAGCCUGACCCAGCUCCAGCAGUGCUUCCUGGCCCAGUUCCCGGCUGCUCCCAUUGGCCAGAGAAGGCGGCCUCUCAGGUGCUGGAGAAAGAGCAGCUACCCAGCCUCAGGCUUGCAGAUCCGGGGGAAGCAGACCCAGCGCAAGGAUCCUGCGGCUCCAGUAGUAAGCAGCUCCCCUCCACCGAGAGCUGCCAGCCAAGCAAAACAGUCAGGGCAACCCCAGCAGCUGCCACUGGUCCCUCCCGAGCAAUGGAGGUGGGGCAGAGACGAGGGGCCCUCACCCGCUAAACGUCCCCGCCUAUCCUUGGAAGGAUUCACAAACAACAUGGGGGCGAUAGGUAGCAAUGCAUGGCUGAGGAGACUGAAAAAGCAACGUGGGAGGAUAAAGAACAUAUGGUAAACUGCAGUGCCAGCCAGCCCAUCUCCCCACCUCCCCACCCCACCCACCUCCCUGCCCCAGGCCACCUACAUGUCACAGGUCCCAGCUCCUCCUCCUACCUCUGACUUGGCCCACGCGGCUGCUGGGUCCCUCAUCCUGCCCGUCCCCACCAGCUUCCCCGGCUCUGGCCUCCCCGCUGUCACCAGGCCCGACGACCUCCUCAGAGCCUUUUGGAUCACACUCAACCCUGAGUGCCGCCAGGCCACCAGAGCCCUUGCCUCCCCUAAAUCACCGUGCACCCCGGACACAUGCGCUUGUUCCUCCUUCACCACAGCCCCAUGGGCUCGCGGCCUCCUCUCCACCCCCACGUGCCUCCAGCCUGAUUGGAAUUCCGUGUGGCUCCACAACACGCCCUGGCCCCCACAGCUCCCCUCCACACCAGCAGCAGCCGCCGGCUCCAACCACAGUGAUCUCUGGCCUUGGGCGCUCCGAGGAGCCCACCGGGGACCUCUCCUGGUGGAAGGAGGCUGCCACCACGUGGGGCCUCUCCACCUGCUCAUUCUCCAGAGCAGCCUCCAGGAUGAGCCUCCCAGCCCACUAAUGAGUGUGGGGUUGGCGUGUCAGGGGUGCCCAGGGCUGCUGCCUGCCCCUCUGGUGGGACUCUGUGGUCAGGAACCAGCAAAGGGGACCUUAGGCCCAGGGUGGGAGGUGGGAGAAGAAUCAGGGAAGAUGAACAUAAGUUUGCAAGUGCAGGACCCACAAGCUGCCCGCUGCUGUAACCAGGGUCCUCGCAGGUUGGUGACCGCUACAACCAAAAGUGGCCAGGGCCACUCCCAGGGGAGGGGGAGCCUGAAGGCAAGGGCUGGCCUGGGUCACACAGCACAUCUGUGGCUCCAGGCCCAGGUGCUGGCAGGGAACACAUGGGGCCUCAAAGGAUCUGGUCACAUGGUUGGCAGGGACAGUCCCCACAGGGCAGGGUCCUGCACCCCCUCUGUCCUGGUGCUGGUCCCUCCUGGGCAUCCCCAGGAAAGGCAGGAGCAAGGGCUUAGCAGGCAAGAGCCAGUUUCCAAGGGCUGUGCCCAGGGCCCUUCUGCCCAGGGCCCUUCUGCCCAGGGAGCACUUUAUAUCUGCAGGGGUGAUGGAGGCUGAGGACGAGGGGACAGGCCUGUCCCCAGGCCUGGUGGAACCCAUGCAGGGCACCUGUUGGGAACAGGCUCUGGUGUCUCUUUGGGCAUCCAGGCUACUGCUGGAGCCAAGUCCUGUCUGGGAUGGUGACCUGGGCAGCUCUAGUGUGGGCCCAACAUCUAUGGGACACAGGGUCCUAAGACCUGCAGCAGAGGAACCCCACAGAGACCCCAUGUAGAGCCCCACACUCGAAGAUUCCCACAGAGAGCCCCAAAGGGACCCCCAUAUUCACAGAGACUUUCAGAUUCCCCACAGUGACCCCCUGAGGCCCUAACAGAGAUUCUGACUGAGACCCCCCAUGAAGACCCCCCAGAGAAACUCCCCCUGGCAGAGAAACCCCUGACAGAGACUCACACAGAGACCCUGCAAAACCAACAUGGAGAUCUCCACAGAGACCACCCACCCCACAGUGACUCUAACAGAGACCUCCAAGAGAAAAUAUAUCAAGUCCUCUGCCCUCUUCCGGGUAAGAUUCCUUGAGACACUGAACAAUUGACAGGCCUCCUCUAUCAGACAGCAUCGAACCUAGCGACAAGCCUCCUCCUUCAGGCAGCGUCUAACUUAGAGAAAAGCCUCCUUCAUCAGACAACAUCCAACUUAGAGCGACCCCUGACCCGAUGACAGACCCUUCCCCAGAUCACCCAGUCACAACCCCCCUGCGGAUACAAAACUGUAAGCGUUGAUGAUAGAAACGAUGAGGGUUCCUCUGAUGCCGUCCUUCUGAGACUGCCCUCAGCUCCUCAGGCCAUGCCCUUCCCUCGCUGUCAAGGGAAUCCCCCACGAAGGGUCUAGGUUGGCCUUGCUCACAGGGCUCCUGCGGGCCUUGCACUGGAGCACAUGGAAGAGGAAGAAUCUCAGCUUGGGCACAGCUUCCUCAGAAAACCUUCUCCCACUCCCCUUUGAGGCCAGUGGAUUCCCCACCCCGGCCUCUGCACCCUGGGCAUCUUUCUCCCAGAACCCUGAAAGCUUCUUGUGGGUCCAGCGAGGAGGGAGGCAUGCCUGACCACACUCCUGGAACUUACUGUGGCCCUGUUAUAAAUUGUUUCAUAAAAUCUUAGUUCCAACGGAUUGGGAGGCUGAGUUGGGAGGAUCCCUUGAGCCUGGGAGGUGGAGGUUGCAGUGAGCCAAGAUCAUGCCACUGCACUCCAGCCUGGCAACAAGAGCAAAACUCUGUCUCAAAAAAAAAAAAAAAAAAGAAAAAGGUGGUGUAACUGAAGUA